UACGAAUGGAAUUCAAGUUAUGUUAAAUAAUAGUUCGUGUUGGCCUGAUUAAAAAAACAAAACCGGUCUGUUUACUGUGUGCGCAGCCCAUUGGUUUACUUGGGUCACAUGGGUACUAAGAACACGAAGAAGAAUCACCUUUAUUUAGAUUUAGUCUUAGUUUUUUGACAACACACUAUAUAAGAUAUUUAAGUCUCGACUAAAUGUAUCUCCAGAACUCCCAUUGGAGUCAUUCAGAAACAUGCCCUAACCACCGAAGCCACUUUUGAAACUUUUCCAUUUGCCGCAGCUGUGGAUCAACUUCCGGAGUUAUCAGCCUACUUGGCAAUAUGAUUCGUUCUGAUUGGAUCUCUUCUCCAUUCGUCCCGCCCUAAUAUUUUCGUCUCAUUUUGAUUCGUUUAUCCAUCCAUUAUAUUUCGUCCUUUUAAUUUAGUUUUCAUCCGUGAAAAAGAGUUCGUUGAUGAAUAUUUUUUUUAUCAUAGAUUUCGUCAACAAAAUGAACACUGAGAACGACAUGUUUGGAUUUUUUUUCUUUUUUUUUUUUGGGUUGGGCUGGUCUUUGUAUAUAUGUCACAGACACCCGCGGGGCAAACAUUUAUAGCAAACAGAUUUGACAUACCGGUUUAGUGAGUUCGGGUGACAAAGACAGGCGCCGAGGUGAGGGAGCGCGCACACGAACAGAUUAACAGAACACACACAUCGGUCACAUAAACUGUCAAGUUCCACGAAGGUAGAGGACAUGAAGUUUCGCUGGCUCCUGCUCACUCUGAUCUUUGGCGUCUGUGUCACUGCUGCUAAGGAGGAGAAGGAGGAAAUAUAUGAAGAGGAUCCAGAUCACCUGUCCAGAGGCUGGGGCAGUGAGAUCCGCUGGUCCAGUGGCUACGAGCCCGCUCUGAUAGAAAUGGCCGCCAAUAAGAAGCCACUGAUGGUCAUCCACCACAAAGACGAUUGUCCGUACAGUCAAGCACUAAAGAAAGCAUUUGUUGAAGAGGAGUCUAUCAUGAAAAUGGCCCAGAAGGAUUUCAUCAUGGUCAACGUAGUGGAGGAGACCGGGGACCCCAACAUGGCUCCCGAUGGUUACUACGUCCCCAGAAUACUUUUUGUUGACCCCUCCUUGACCGUGCGCGCCGACAUCAAAGGACAGUACUCUAACCACCACUACACCUACGAGCCCAAAGACAUGGAGCUGUUGGCCCAGAACAUGGAAAAAGCCAAAAACCUGCUUCAUGAUGAACUGUGA